CUCCACCAAGUCUGCAGAAAUUUGACUCAGGAGCUGUCUGCAUGAUUACUGUGUUUUUCUCCAAAACUUCAGGGACACUGAAGCUGUUUAUUCAGGAGGAGAGUGGACCGAGGUAUCCCCAGAGAGACUUCCAGAAAGAACUCAGCAGAUCUGAACAUGCAUUGGCUGCACAAACUUCGGGGACUUCGUACCCUCUGGAGUACUGAGAUGUCCCGUCGCACUCUUCACAUUACUCUCGGGCGGAUGUCCUCCAUACCCUGGGGCCACCUAGAUGUGCCUGACAAGUUUAACUUUGCUAGCAACGUGAUAGACCCCUGGGCUGACCUGGAAAAGGCCGGCAAGAGACCUCAAGGCCCCGCCCUGUGGUGGGUGAAUGGCGACGGGGUGGAAGUCAAGUGGAGCUUCAGAGAGCUGAGUGAGCUCAGCCAGCAGGCCGCCAACGUCCUCUCGGGGGCCUGCCGCCUGCAGCGUGGGGACCGUGUGGCAGUGGUGCUGCCCCGAGUGCCGGAGUGGUGGCUGGUGACCCUGGGCUGCUUUCGAGCAGGCCUCGUCUUCAUGCCUGGGACCGUCCAGAUGAAAUCCAAAGACAUACUCUACAGACUGCAGAUGUCUAAGGCCAGGGCCAUCGUGGCUGGGGAUGAGGUGGCCCAAGAAGUGGACGCCAUAGCAUCCGACUGCCCUUCCCUGAGAAUCAAGCUCCUGGUGUCUGAGAAAAGCCGGGAUGGGUGGCUGAACUUCAGGACACUGCUACAAGAGGCACCCGCCACUCAUCAGUGUGUGGAGACCGGAAGCCGAGAAGCAGCUGCCAUUUACUUCACUAGCGGAACCAGUGGCCUUCCCAAGAUGGCGGAACACACCCACUCAAGCCUGGGCAUCAAGGCCCAGUUGGAUGCUGGAACCUGGACGGGCCUGCAAGCCUGGGACAUCGUCUGGACCAUCUCCGACACGGGUUGGAUACUGAACAUUCUGACCGCGUUUCUGGAACCCUGGACAUUGGGCGCAUGCGUAUUUAUCCAUCUCUUGCCCAGGUUUGACCCACAGACCAUCCUGAAGGUGCUGUCCAGCUACCCCAUCCACAGCCUGGUGGCCGCCCCUCUUGUUUACCGGAUGUUGCUACAACAGGACCUUUCCAGUUACAAGUUCCCACACCUGCAGAACUGCUUCACCGGAGGGGAGACCCUGCUUCCAGACACCCUGGAGAACUGGAGGGCCCAGACCGGACUGGACAUCCGAGAAUUCUACGGCCAGACAGAAACGGGAGUUACCUGCAGAGUUUCCAAGACGAUGAAAAUCAAGCCAGGUUCCCUGGGAACAGCCUUUCCCCAUUACGACGUACAGGUCAUAGAUGAGGAGGGCCAUGUCCUGCCUCCUGGCCAAGAAGGGGACAUGGCCGUCAGGGUCAAGCCGGUCAGGCCUGUGGGCAUCUUCUCUGGCUAUGUGGACAAUCCCCAAAAGACGGCAGCCAAUAUUCGAGGGGACUUCUGGCUUCUGGGAGACCGAGGAAUCAAGGAUCAGGAUGGGUAUUUCCAGUUCGUGGGACGGGCAGAUGAUAUCAUUAAUUCCAGCGGGUACCGGAUUGGGCCCUCGGAGGUGGAGAACGCUCUAAUGGAGCACCCUGCCGUGGCUGAGACAGCCGUCAUCAGCAGUCCAGACCCUGUGCGAGGAGAGGUGGUGAAAGCCUUUGUGGUCCUGGCCCCAGAGUUCCUGUCCCGGGACCAGGACCAGCUCACCAAGGAGCUGCAGCAGCACGUGAAGUCGGUGACAGCCCCGUACAAGUACCCGAGGAAGCUGGAGUUUGUCCUGGACCUGCCCAAGACUAUCUCAGGGAAAAUCCAACGGGCAAAGCUUCGAGCCAGAGAGUGGAAGACGUCUGAGCAAGCGCGGGCCCAGUGAGACCUCUAGGGCCUCGCUCUGGGGUCUCCUCCUCUCCGUGACCCUUCCCUCAGGGUCUUCAGUCUUCCCGUGAGGACAUGAGAUGCUUUGUGAAAAGGCAUGACGAUGCGUUGUUAGCUUUUUUCUUGAUCAUUAUUAUUGCCAUGUUAGAGGCUGAGAGAAGAAAGAGAAGGGCUGAGGGAUAAAAAGAGGGCGACUGGAAGAGGAAAUUCAGAAGUCAUGGAAACAGCAAGGGAAGCCAUUGGAAAAGAAAUCGAGGAGGCAGGAGGAAGGAAGGGAAGAUGGCGUGAAGGGAGGGAGAAAUGAUAGAAGAGAGAGAAUUGGAGAGAGAGAGAGUCAGAAAAGGGAAAGAGAAGAAGGAGAAAGAAAAGUCCGGACAUGGGCAUCAUUGCCAGGUCUUCCAAACCUUGGAGCCAUCACGUACACAGGAGGGACAGCAAGCUAGCACUUGCCAUGAGCCAGGUAAGGCCUGAGACGCAUGAGAAGCCAGCCUGCUUCAUCCUGACAAGCCUCACUGUGAGGGUAGUGAAGGUGUCAGGCCCCACGCUUUUGAUGUCCUCUGAUCUUCCUGGAAUCAAGUAAUAAAAUCAUUUUAAAAUCAAGA